CCAUAUCUACCUACUCUGGCCCUGCUCUCCGUUUUUGAUUCCCUGUCAAUCAUUUCAAGGAACACGGAUCAUUCCCCUCUUCACUCAUUGCCACAAAUUUCAUUUCUUGCACUGUUUCAAAGCAGACCUCGCUUCAUCUGAAACCUUUACUACCAGCCGGUCAUGUUCUCACACGGCUUUUACGACGAGGAAGAUCCCAUGAUGGCCUUUCAGUCGGCCAUGAUGCGGAGAUCUGGCGCUCCUCGUCGUUUUGACGAAUACUUUAGGUGUUAUCCUGUCGCUAUGAUGCCCGGACCCGAGAGAGAAGCCGCAAACCAUGGUGGAAAGGUCUUCAUGCCGGCCAGCGCACUGGAGAAGCUUACCCGACUGCAUAUCACAUAUCCUAUGCUCUUUGAGCUUAUCAACGGUGCUAAAGAGAGGACUUCGCAUGCUGGUGUGCUGGAGUUUAUUGCUGAGGAAGGAAAGAUUUAUCUACCAUUUUGGCUUAUGCAAACAUUACUGCUUGAGCCCGGAGAUUUACUGCAAGUCAAAUCGACUGAUCUUCCGCCUGGACAAUUUAUCAAACUUCAACCGCAAGCCACCAACUUUCUUGACAUUACCGAUCCCAAAGCUGUCCUCGAAAAUGUUUUCCGAAAUUUUGCCUGUCUGACAAAGGGCGAUAUCUUCACUUUUGCCUACAAUGAUCAGGUUUACGAAAUGGCUGUGUUGGAAUGCAAACCGGAAACAAAUAAGCAUGCUAUCGGAGUGCUGGAGACCGAUCUGUCAGUCGACUUCGCACCGCCAAUUGGAUAUGAAGAGCCCGUUAGGAAGAGUGGCACAAGUACACCCAAGACUGCUGGUAGCGGCGGUGGUCUGCCUGCGGGAGGGCUACUGCAUCACCAGGGAACCAUGGCACAAUCCAUCAACUAUUCUUCAAUCGCACCCUCCGCGACAACCGCUGCUGCCGGUAGCAAGGCCGUGUCAUCGAACUUUUUGAGCCAAGGACAAAAGCUAUCGUCGCGCAAGAGUAGCAAGGCACCGACACCACAACCCUCUACUCCAAUUGCUGGAACUUCAACUAAUGCCGAACCAAAACCUUACGUUUCACGGAAAUCUGGCCCUCAACCCCUCCGCUUGCCCCCAGGAAUGCUGUUCUUCGGCUAUGAAAUUAAGCCGCUGAAGAAGAAAGGGGAGCAGGCAGAAAACACUCAGGAACAAAAAUUCCAAGGCGCCGGCCAGUCGCUUCGUGGCGGAACAAAGAAGAAGGGUGGCAACAGUAGUGACGCAGAGGCCAAACCGAAGAAAGAUGAUCCUGCCGAGAAAAAGUCUACUGGCAGUAGUGGUCGGACGCUUCGGGACCUCAAGUGAUUGCGCCACAAAUACUCAUGAAUAUCCCUUCGCUUCAAUACCAGCAUCGCAGUAUCAUACGAUGAAUUUUUUUUUUUCUUUUUCUAACAUUUUAUAUUGCAUGGCGGCGUUGGCGGAGCUUGAUGCGGGCGACUGGUUGGUGGCGGACUUAUCUUCAAAUUGUUAAUUACCACAUAUUGGGAUAGACUACGAUAUAUAUUUACGGAUAUCAUCAACAUUACAAAACCCUGCCCAACUUCACGAGGUGAUAUGUUUGCCGUCCUUCUGAAGCCCUUGUUGUUUGCCUAAUUUGCCACCUUGGCGUCGCAAACUAUAUUC